UAGUCAGAGCGUCCAGCGGAAGUGGACGGGUAACGGCGCCCCCCGACGACAGGCGUCGACGUCCAUGCCAAUUUCCAAUGAUUAAUUUUGUUUAUACACGUAGUGAUGUAAUCCAAGGCUCAUGACGUACUUGCCUAUCGGGAGUACUGUGGCAGCCGACCCGUUCUCCUUCUAACAGUAACCCACUGAUUGGCGGUGCAUGUGGAGUGCCAGCGACAGGGGACCUUUAUUAUCGACUGUUUCGCGGACUGUAUGGGGUUUAGCGGUGGACGGUGCGCGUGAACUUGUUUUUUUUUUAUAUAUACCCUCUGGGGUAGUGUGGUGGUGUUGUUGGUCUGUUCUCGGAUGAUGCAUGGCUUUGGAAAUUCGGGAAUUUCGUGCACAUCUCGCGCGUUUUGAUUCGAAAGUGCGAAUUUGUGUUCUCCACGCGCAGUUGCGUCAUUUAAACAGUUUCUCUGCGAUCGUAAAAAGGUUUCUAGUUAUGCAUCGGUUACUACUUUUCCGUCCGUACAUGCUCCUAGAAGCCUAUAUCAUCUGAGAUACAGAUCAACAGUUAAUUUUUUUCCCUAAUAAGGAUAUGACCCGAAGAAUCGAUCAUUAACGCCUUCAUCCGUGUUAUUUCGAAAUUUAAAAAAAAAAUGUUGGGUCAAGACGGGACAAUCACUUCCUUCACCAACAUGUGCGACCGAACUAUAGUGAAAGUGCGCUAUUCUGGUCUACAACAAGAAAGGAUAAGAGUUGUGUGUUCAACUAGGAGACAACAAAUGAGCCGAUUUGUCACUGUCACGGAUCCAAACAAGCCGAGUCAGUCAAGGAAACAUGUGACUAUAAUAAGCUUUCCACCGAGGAUGGAGAGGUCUCCGAUUGUGAACUCCGUCGGUUCCUCAGAACGUAUACAGGAGCAGACCUACAUACAGGCACCCAGUUUCGUUCAGAGCCAGAACUACGCAGCAUCUUCCGGUUCGCAAAUGUACACCAGAUCUACACCGAACAACUCUGGAUAUGUGACAGUAACUCAGACUUUGCACAAAAAGGGCCCCCACAGAAAUGGAGAUGUGCUCAAGAGAUCGAGAGUACCGAAUACGUACGAGCUAUCGCAGGACAUCCUCGACAAGCAGAUCGAAGUCCUCGAACGUAAAUACGGCGGUCUCAAGGCGCGGAACGCCGCACUCACCAUCCAAAGGGCGUUCAGAAGAUACACGCUGAGGAAGAAGUUCGCCGCCAUCACGGCAAUGGCGAAGGCCGAGAAACGGAUCAGCAGGAGGAUACCGGCGGUCUCUGAAGACCAGAGGAAUGUUACGAUGAACGAGAGCGACCACGUCGCAGAGUACGCAAGAAGCUUCGACGGACACGACUGUAAUAAUACCAGGGUUUUACCGGUCAGGUCUAUGUCUCUGAGGGAAAGGCGAAACAAUGACAGCAUACCGAUUCCGAGGAGUUUGUCGGGAACACCCACCGUCUGCUGGGAGAAUUACUCUUCCCCUUCGUCCUUGCACCACUACUAUUCACCUACUGAAUGCAAGCCCGAUACGCAGGUAACUGCAAGUUCGACAUAUUACAGUACACCAAACACCUCCGGCAGCAUACGUUCCUCGAGGAACAGCCUGAACUGCAGGAAAGUGCCGCCGGAAGUGCCGAAACGCACCUCGAGCAUAUCGUCCAGAUCGCUGGAGCCCAAGUAUCAGAAGUCGAACGGUCUGAUCAAAACCACCGAGAACGGUUCGCUGUCCAGCGUCCAGAGUUCGGGCAGCGACAGCAGCAUCUCGAUCGACAGGGUUCACGAGUUCUCCAGUUCCCCGGUGUGGAAGCGUAAGGGCAACCACGCCUCGGAGUACGCCGAGCCGAACGUCGUCGACACGUCCGCGUCGAACAUAUCGAACGUGUCCUCGUCGACGUUCACGAUAGACAGGAACGAUCCGCAGGCCGCGGCCGCCUACAAGAUCACCGAAAUAAUCAGGAAGAGGCAGUACCGCGUCGGUCUGAAUCUGUUCAACAAGAAGCCGGAACGCGGCAUCGACUACCUGAUCCGACGAAGCUUCUUGGAGAACUCGCCUCAGGGAGUCGCGAGGUUCCUGAUAUCCAGGAAGGGGCUGAGCAAGCAGAUGAUUGGGGAGUAUUUGGGCAAUUUGCAGAGCCCGUUCUGCAUGGCGGUCCUCGAGUGUUUCGCGGGUGAACUGGACCUGUCCGGGAUGCAGGUGGACGUGGCGCUGAGGAAGUUCCAGCAGUACUUCCGAAUGCCUGGGGAGGCGCAGAAAAUCGAGCGGUUGAUGGAGAUUUUCUCGCAGAGGUAUUGCCAGUGCAACGUCGAUCUAGUCGCCAGGUUGAGAUCUCCAGAUACUAUUUUCGUGCUGGCCUUCGCUAUAAUAAUGCUUAAUACAGACUUACACACACCCAGCAUCAAACCAGAGAGGAGGAUGCGAUGCGAGGACUUCAUAAAGAACCUUAGAGGAAUCGACGACUGUGGAGAUAUAGAUAGUGACAUGCUAAGUGGCAUUUACGAGCGCGUGAAAGCGAACGAAUUCAAACCGGGUUCCGAUCACGUCACUCAAGUGAUGAAGGUUCAAGCCACCAUUGUCGGUAAAAAACCGAACAUGGCCCUCCCUCAUCGAAGGCUUGUGUGUUACUGCCGCCUGUACGAGAUUCCAGACAUUAAUAAGAAGGAGAGACCAGGCGUGCAUCAGAGAGAAGUCUUCCUUUUCAAUGAUUUAUUAGUGAUCACGAAAAUACUGAGCAAGAAGAAGUCUUCUGUUACUUACACAUUCCGUAAUAGCUUUCCCCUGUGUGGAAUGGUGGUUACCCUCUUCGAAGUGCCACAUUAUCCAUUUGGCAUUCGCCUGAGCCAGAAGGUUGAUGGGAAAAUCUUGGUCACCUUCAACGCGAGGAAUGAACACGACAGGUGUAAGUUUGCAGAAGACUUGAAAGAAUCAGUGAGUGAAAUGGACGAAAUGGAGAAUCUCAGAAUAGAGGCAGAAUUAGAAAAACAGAAAUCGAACAGAAAUCCAAGAAGUGGAACCGAAAAUAGGGAUAGUGGCGUGGCCGAUGUGGAGGUUUGCCCUUGUCAGUGUGCGAAAGGACAAGCGGGGUCGGGCGAAGCUUGUCACGAGGAGGGUGGUCAUGAACAGCAAAUCAAGCGUUCUGCACUCAGUAAUUCUCUACUCGAUAUACACGAACAAUUUGCAGGAGACAAAACCCAAAGGCGUGGAAGUGUUGGUUCAUUGGAUAGCGGAAUGUCAGUUUCAUUCCAGUCAACAUCCGCAAGCACCUGUUCAAGAUCUGACAAGUUGAUGAAUAAAGGCAAACCUGGAUACGGUCUGAACAACCAGUCCUUUUUAGGCGGUUUAUUUAAGAAACCGGGUAGCACUCCAGUGAAAUCUACCGAAGUGUAAACUAUUUUAUAUCAUUGUAGGUAUAUAUUUCAAGAAUUUUUACAUAUAUGUACUGAAUUGAGUAUUGAUGGUAUUUUGUCAGAUAUCAUGAGAACUAUUCACUAUGGUGAACAAUCAUAAAUAGAAUCUAGGUGUUUUCAAAUCUAAUUCAACUAACUGUAUUCACUUAAUUGAAUGUUCAUCCAAUUAUUGAUGUCUUAAGAAAUUGUUAAGUAUACCGAUGAUGAUGAACUAUUGAGUGCGCUCGUGGUUUUUUCAUCACUCUUGGUCCAGAAAUUUACAGGUUUACGCAUUCCGAUGAAACCCUUCGUUUUUCAGAAUUCUCAGUUUAAUUUUUUCGAACAUUUCAAUAGAUUUUGACUGGUGUAAGAGAUUUUCAACAUGAAAUCCUUCCUUCUCAUUCAUACCAUACAGGUUGAGGUUGUUCUCGAAAAUCAUUCAAAGAAUUUUCCUUGUCUAGCUUAUUUAGGGUUUGCGGAAAAAUCUGGUAUUCGAAUUGAAAAUAUCUAGAUGCGGGAAGCUAUUUUCAUCAACAAUUCGUUGAGGGAAUUGAAAUGUAUGAAAAGUUAUUAAGAGAGACACCAAAAUAUGAAUUUAUUUUGUCCACAUCCACUGAAGCUUCUGACCAAUUUGUUUUCGAUAUCAAAUUUUCGAUAUUCCAUUUUUUUUUUUCUAUAAUCAUUUUAUUGCAUUUCUUAACUUCAUGACUUACUUUCCGUACUAUCCAAUUGCGACAAAUGACUUCCAUUUGUCACCUCAAUUUCAUACCCCCCCAGCAAAUUCCCAGUUAUGUAUCCAUUUGUUUGAAUAUUCUUCUCUGAAUUGGUACUGUGAGGAUAGACAAACUGUCAGCUUAACUAAUGAAAAGAAGCUGAAAAUAGGUUGUAAUUUGGUGUUUCAAUAAUAAUCCAAAGUAAUUACAGAAUGUGAUUAAGGAUAUCACUGCUUUUGGGGCGUCUCAAAAUGCAUGAUAUUUCAUAGAGUGACCAUUUAUUUAUUUUGAAGUAUUCAGAUAUUUUGUCAAAUUUUCUUAAUUUGUCAGAAAAUAAGCUGAAUUACUGGUGAGUGAAUGAAGAAGUCAUAUCUUUAAAAGUGAAACUUAAUUGUCUAAUAACUUUUCACAGUCAUUUCUUCGUUAGCUACUUAUGAACUUAAUUUUAGUGUACUCAUUUAUUUUAACCAAAGAAAUGAAUGGAAUUUAUACCUUGUAAGUGUGGAUGCAGUCAGUGUUUUGGAAAGUCAAUUAUCAGGCAAUUCGAGAUAAUUUGCACACUUCCCUUACAUUCAGGAAUUAUUUUUGAGGUGAACAGCCAGGAAUAGAUAACAGUUCUGCAUUACAAGAUUAUUAAAAGCAAGUUGUUCAUUGAGUUUUACUCAAUGGGUGAAUUUAAUGCAAUAAUUACUACUAACUAAACACAUAAAUCAAUUGAAACUAACUAUAAAAGCAAUAAUUGUAGUUCACAUUCAAUAAUAAUUCUACUUACUACUUAUAUCAUUGUAUAAUAGACCUUACUUAGACUAAUUUAUUCUGUUGAAAAUAUGUUUAUUUUAAUUCGAAAUUCGUUGUCAUCCUACCCAGUGGAAAAAUUGUUUUCUGAUAUUGUUGUUUCCUUUGUUGUCAUUACACUUUUUUUGUUAUUGACAGAUUUUUCAUUUUUUAUGUAUUUGUUGAUUUUAUUCUCAGAAACGUGGAAUUUUAUAAGUUGUAACUUUUUUUGAUAUAAUAAGGUGUCGAGUGUUAUUUACUUAAGAUCCAAAAAAAAUUGUAUUCUGUAUAUAGGUUCAAAGAAAUUCCGAAGAAGCAAAUAUGUUCUAGUCGACUGUAAAUAAGCUAGGAAUCUCACGUAGAUAUUAAAUUUAUUUAAAUAUAAA